GCUAAACGCAGACAACGGAAAGAUGUAGCAGCUGUCGACUCCAAGAAAACUACAGAGAAACUUUUGAAAACUUUCCUAAAAAGACAAGCUAUUAAAACAGCUUUAGCAGGCAAGAGCAAUGAUCAGUUCCCCAGUCUUUCGGACGUGAGAAGAGACGAGGUAGACGAUAUCUACGUGCUUCCGGCUUUACCAGAAGAAGAAAAAAAUAGCUCUGUAGAGGAAGAUGAGAAAGAAUGGGAAGAGAGGAUGACCCAGAAAAAGAUACUGCAA